ACGAGAGGCACGUACACACCGUACAAACCAGACAGAUGAGUAGGUGAUUCAAUUGUCUGUUGUGUGUCAGUCACCUACCUGAUGACAAGACUAGAGGAGAGAGUUACCCUACUACUACUAGGACAUUUUGGAAAUGUAUGCAUUUCAAAUGCCGCUUCUCUGUUUAGUUGUUUACAACAUUCUGUCAGUAGGCCCAAGAUUGUCUGUGGACGGAUCAAACAUUAAGGAGAAGAUCUCAAGAGUGGCAAGAGAUGCUUGCAAUGGGAAUUGUGAGGGUGAUAACUUUGAGACACAUGCUUAUCAUUGUGAUCAAUCUGUGAAAGAAUGCUGUAGAGUUUGUGAGAAGGGACAGUACAAGAGCGGUAGUUGUGUGCAUCAUAAAGAUCAUGGAGAAUAUGAAUAUAAGUGUUCAAAUUGCGAAGAAGGUUUAUAUCAGAAAGAUAGAAAUGUACUUACUUCCUGCAAGAUUUGUAGUGCUCCAUCCAUAACUUGCUCACCAGAUCAAAAGAUUCAUUGUAAUAGAGAAACAGGAGAGCAUGUUUGCCAAGCAGACAUACCUACGCCUACAGAAGAAAUAACUACUGUUCCAGCAGAACUAUCAACUGCUACACCAGGAGAAGCUGGCAAUGGUACAGAAGCUGCACCGGAAAAGACAGCACAGAAAGUUUCUACUGGAGGGAUUGUUGGAAUAAUUAUAGCAGUAAUAUUACUAUUAGUGCUGAUUCCUGUUUUAGUAUAUUGCUGUAAAAGAGGUGGUUAUCGACAGAUUGAAGAAAGAGAUGAAGCUGCUACUGCUAAUAAUGUCUCUUACACUCCAGUAGAAGCAAACGAUGAAGUUGAACCUGCUAUUACUAAUGAUGUCUCUCACAGUCCAAGAAAAGCAAACGAUGAAGUUGAACCUGCUAUUACUAAUGAUGUCCCCCACAGUCCAGGAAAAGCAAACGCCAAUGAAAUGCAGGCAGCUGGUGUAAGAGAUGCAAAUUCCCAGCAAGGUGAUGAAGGUGAACAAACUGUCCAGCAAGGUGAUGAAGAUGGCCAAUCUUCCCAGCACAUUGACGUGCAUCAAGAAGAGGCAGUCACCGUAGAUGAUUCUUGUGAUUAUACUCUGAAAGAUGGUUCCACAUUUAAUGACUUUAAACUUGAAGUUGCUAAUCAGCUGCCUCCGAAAACCAGGAAUACAUUUUAUGCACGUCUUGGUCUGGAAAGAUGUGAAUACGAACGUGCAGAGGGUGAUGAGCAUGGUAAUCUUUUGGACAAGAUAUAUGCAGUUCUUGACAUGUGGUUCGAAAAGAAUGGUGGUCCACAUGAAGCCAGAGUCCAAGAACUGUUAUCUGUAAUGUGGAAACACAAUUUAAAAGAAACUCGAAGGCUCGUCAUUGAUAAAUGUUGCGAAAGAAAUGGUGUAAAAGCUGACCUUUAAUCGAGUUUUCAAGUGUAGUACACAUCUUCAGGUCUUAAAUGGAUCUGAAAUCCAGAACUUUUAGAUUCUGUGUAAUGACAACAAAAGUUGUGCUGUAUACCAGGUUCCUGAUAAAUUAAAUACAGUACUUAUAUUAAACGAUAGCAAAUGAUAUAUUAAACGAUAGCAGCUGAUUUUAAAGUAUUUUUGAGGCGCAUAAUUUAAUACUAUUUUUCAGAAUUCAGAAACAGAAAGACAGUUAACAAUUGUUCAUCUUGAAAGAAGAUUUUCUUCAAAUUUGAAACAUCUAAAUUUUGAAGUGAACUCAAUUUAAAUACCAAAAUAAAAAUUACAAUGAAUUAUAUCUUAGUACUAUAUCUCAAUAACUCAUUUUUCAUGUUUGGUACAUCAACUCAUUUUGUAACACCAGAACAUAUUAUGUUUACCUGGAUGUUGCAAAAGAAUCCGUCCGUAUUUGAUGAUUAGAAAUUUGUAUUUUUGAAGUUUGCAUUUCAAAACUUUUGUCCAUAGAUUUAUCUGUCCAUGGUAUGAUGUCCAUUUUGACAGAAUUUUGGUUAGGGCCUAUAUAAAGUAAUAUGUAGUAGAAAAUUGUUGUCUUUCUUAUAUAGUAGUUUACAAUAAACACUAAAUGUAGGAGCGGUUGGCGCACCGGUUGUGGCUUGGACUCCCAACCUUGAGGUCGGGGGUUCGAAACUCUGGCUGUGCAAAUCGCUUGUGUCCUUGGGCAAGACACUUUAUCUACGGUUGCAUCUCUCCACCCA